GAGGAGGCGGAGGCGGGGCAAAGCGGUGGACUGGUGAAGCUGCUACCGAAGGGGACAGACUCAGGACGGGCUGGGGCACCUUUGUGGAGCCGAUCUUUUAUAUCCAGCUGUGCUGUACCUCAGCUGGUUGAGACUGUUCGACUCUCCCUGCCAUUAUUGACUGAAACUGCUUUAGUAACACCGCGGAGAGAGAGAGAGAUCCUCAAGGAAAUAAUUUCAACCACUUCCCGAACACCGAAAAGACAAAAUGCGUUCAGAUUCCCCCCACUCCUCAGUUAAUGCAACUCCAAAUCCCAAAUGCCCGGCAAAGAGAAGAAGGAUUUCUUUCCAGAGCAUAUUUAAUGGCAAAUCCAAAGCAAAAGAGAAGCAGGAAGUAUCUGUUGCCAGCAUCGAAAGCAUUCACACUGAAGUGGCAGAGACUGAAAAGAAACUGCACGCGUCUGACAGCAGGACAACAUUAACAUCUUCAGAUUCAGCAAGGAAGGUGUUGUCCGGCUUUCUGGAAUGUCCCCUCUGCUUAGUGCGUCAUCCAAAGGAGAAUGUGCCUGAAAUUAUGACGUGCCACCACCGAUCCUGCCUUGACUGUUUGCGGCAGUACCUGCGCAUUGAAAUCACAGAGAGCCGCGUGAAUAUCAGCUGCCCCGAAUGCUCCGAGCGGCUAAAUCCAUAUGAUAUCCGGAUGAUAUUGAACGAUCAGGCGCUGAUGGAGAAAUAUGAGGAAUUUAUGUUACGUCGGUAUCUGGCUUCUGACCCUGACUGUCGAUGGUGUCCUGCCCCAGACUGUGGAUAUGCUGUCAUUGCCUAUGGAUGUGCAAGCUGUCCGAAGAUUACCUGUGGGAGAGAUGGUUGUGGCACAGAGUUUUGCUAUCACUGCAAACAGCUGUGGCACCCAAAUCAAACCUGUGACAAUGCUCGUCAACAGAGGGCCCAAAGUCUUCGAAUUCGUACUAAACAAACGUCAGGCCUGAACUAUGGCCAGGAAUCAGGCAAUGCAGAUGAUAUCAAGCCAUGCCCACGAUGUGGGGCUUACAUCAUUAAAAUGAAUGAUGGGAGCUGUAAUCACAUGACAUGUGCUGUUUGUGGCUGUGAGUUCUGCUGGCUUUGCAUGAAGGAGAUUUCUGACCUCCAUUAUCUCAGUCCCUCUGGCUGUACAUUUUGGGGAAAGAAGCCAUGGAGCAAGAAGAAAAAAAUUCUUUGGCAGCUUGGCACAUUGAUUGGUGCUCCAGUGGGCAUUUCUCUCAUCGCUGGAAUUGCUGUGCCAGCUAUGAUUAUCGGCAUCCCAGUUUAUGUUGGUCGGAAGAUUCACAGUCGCUACAAGGGAAAGAAGACUUCAAAGCACAAAAGGAAUCUGGCAAUUACUGGUGCAGUUACCUUAUCUGUUAUUGCUUCUCCUGUGAUAGCUGCAGUCAGUGUAGGAAUUGGAGUUCCCAUCAUGUUGGCAUAUGUUUAUGGCGUAGUCCCAGUAUCACUUUGCCGUGGCGGUGGAUGUGGAGUUAGUACAGCCAAUGGAAAAGGAGUGAAAAUUGAAUUUGAUGAAGAUGAUGGACCAAUUACUGUUGCUGAUGCUUGGCAUGCUCUGAAGAACCCCAGCAUUGGAGAGAGUAGUGUCGAGGGAUUGACCAGUGUUCUGAGUUCCAGUGGCAGCCCCUUAGAUGGUGUGAGUGUAAUGCAGAGCAACUACAGUGAGACUGCCAGCUUUGCAGCUUUAUCAGGGGGCACGCUGACUGGAGGGGCACUGUCAGGGAGCAAUGGACAGAACGGCAGGUUGGAGAUUCAGACCGAUAUUAAAAAAGGCUACAGUUUGAAUAAAGAUUCCAUCAGCCUUGGAGCAACCAGUGAUAAUGCCAGCACUAGGGCUAUGGCAGGUUCAAUCAUCAGCUCGUACAAUCCACAUGACAGGGAGUGCAAUAAUCUAGAAGUGCAAGUUGACAUUGAAACCAAACCCAGCCACCUUUGUUUAACCAGUGGUAGCAGCAUUGAUGAAUCACUUCAUAUCCACACUCAGUCAGUGGAGGGACUGUGCUGUGACGAGAAGGCCAACUCUUCCAAUAGUGACCACAGAGACUGCAUCACAAGUAAACCCUGCGAUGUAACUCUUGCCCAACCAGAAAGCAUAAGAAGUGAUGAAGAUAGCACAGACACUCAGUCAGAUGAUGUGCCUGACAUUAGUUACGAUGAAUGUGAUUCACCCAGUCCAGUGAAUAGCAGCCAGUUGGAGAUCGCUGCUUCAGAUGUCAAGCUCUUAAAUGAUGAGAGUGUGGAUGGUGAUGUUGAUGAACAAAAGGAAUACGUGUUUGACAAAGAUGGGCAGCCAACAGUGACUGUAUACUACGUUUAAACUUACAACCCUCACAUAAUUCAUCAACACACAACAUGCACCUUACUUUUCAGCCUAUGGAAUUAUAUUGUAUUUGAUGUCUCAAUAUAAUGUGCUUAAAUGUACACAAUUUCAUUGCACAAUCACAUUUUUGAUGUAGUAAAUAAAGAUUUUAAUUAUUUUUUGUGAAACCUGUUAGCACUUCCACUGUUACUUUUGCAUGAAUUUAAGCAGAACUGUUUCUUUCUCAGAAUUCUUCUCCAGCAAAAGAAGUCUCAGUCCUACAGGGAUGAUGGACAUUUCCAAAUUGUUCUUGAUCAUCCCAAAUGUGAAGUUUUGCUAGAUGCUGGUUGAUGUGGAGCCCUGCCCUUUCUGAGUUGUAAAACAUGCAUUCCAAACAAAUAAUUUUACAAGAAUAUACCAGUCACCACAUUUAGGAUCUGUGUGGGUUCUGACAUGCAGGAUGCCAUGUCUCAAUGUGGUUGCAUACCAAAUGAGUACAAUGAAACUAGUCUUUUAAUUUGGAUUUUCAACUCUUACUUCAAGCUUUGUACGUACAUCUAAAAAGAUAGUGUUGUCAGUACAAAGUCAGUUGUACUGGUAUAAACUGGUCUCAACUGCAAACAUCCAGGCAGCUGUAGAUUUUAGCUUUUUUUGAGGGGAACAAAACAGGAAUACCUGUCUCAGAGAAACUGGAACAAAUGGAAGUCUCAUUGCGACUUGUUUUGAUCCAUGUCACUUUGUAUUUUAGGAUGGUUUAAUAGUACCUCCCAGUUAGCAUGGAUUUCCAAACUCCACCCAUUAAAAUUCUUCAUUCUGUUUGGGUGAUUAGAGCAAGAAACCCUGUUUCGACUGAACGCGUUUGACAGUCCGAAAAAUGUCUCAAUGCCUGAAAUGCCUUUUAACAACCUGGAAUGUACUUGUGACUUUUUUUGCACUAUAGUUUUCCAAGGACCACUCUACUGCUAGUGAGAGAGUGUAAGAGCCUAAUGUACAUACUUUAGUGGCUAUCACAAUUCAGAAUAUUCCAAUUUAGCUAUCUGGGCAUUGAUUGUCACACUACAAUAAUAACUUGACACUGAUCAGGGCACCUUACUGUCUCAAAUCAGCCUCUUCUAUUUUAAAUAUGAUUUCUGUUUGCAUAUAUUUCAUGGUGAAUGUCAUAAGGUUAAAAGAUGAAAUGGACAAAACCUAUCAAAUCUUUAAUUUAUAAUGUUUUGAACCAAACUAAAUUGUAAUUGUAUUUUUCUGAUUUAUUAAAUGCUACAGUGGAUAUUACAUUGCUUUAAAUACGGUCUCCUUUAAAACCAAGAGAGAACUCUGUUCUAAUGGAGUAGACAGCAGCAGUGCUUGCUGGAGUGUUUAACUAGUCCAGCUUUUUGUUUCCUCUGGGUUAAUUUCACUUGGGAAGCAAUAGUAAUACUGGAAUUGCUCUUAGCACCCCAAACUAUCUCAAAUCAGGCAGAAUUCUCUCUUCUGAAUGUUGUUAAUUGACUCUUUCUAGAAAGUUUACAUGUGUCGUUCUCAAAUGAGUUCAGGGUGGGACAGCUUACUGAGUGCUGACAUCUGAGUAUGUAGGUUCACACCAGGAGCAACUUGACUAGGUCUGGUGUCUUGUGGAGCCACACUCUAGCAAGUCAGUGUCUCCAAGGUAGUGGGGAAUAACAUUGCAAAAUACCUUUUUAGUGGAGUUUUAUUUAAUUAUUCAUGAACUGUCACUCCUUGCAAAACAUGCACAGCUACAGGUUCUUCAACUCCCUGAUCCUACCACAGUGCCACAAGCACAUAAUAACAGUGCAAGCAAGAAUCUGUGAUCAGAGCAGUUUUUUGUUAUUUUAAAACUACCACUUUGUUAUUGCUUAAUGUAAAUAUGAAAAAAAAUAAAGCAAAUUGUCUGACUUUAA